CAAAUUCCCUAUCGAGGAAAUGGAGGGAACAUCUAGCUCAUCCGCCGCCGGCCACACCAUCGUGAUAAAUGCCCUAACUAACCGGGGCUGGUGCUUCGGAGACGUCGCUAACUUGAAGGCUCUGGUCACUGAAUUCUCUUCCUUGAUCGGCGGCGGUAAUAAUCAAACAAGCGCGGUCGUGGACUCAGUGGAGGCGGAGCUGCUUAACAUGGAUAUCAGGUUGAUCGGAGGUAAGUCUCUCCCCGAACCGACCGAGUUGCGCAGGUGUUCUCAUCUUCAAGGUCCCAAAGUUCUCCAGAUAAGUUCUGUUCGGGAUGUUACAAAAAGCAGUGCAGAGGAAUUUCUGGGAAGCUCGAGUGGUAAACGAGUGCUGAAAUUCGCUUUGACUGAUGGGAAGAUAGAGAUAUCCGCACUUGAGUACUCUCAUAUACCAUCGAUUAGCAAUGAUGUGACUCCUGGUACUAAGGUCCGUCUAGAAAAUAAGGCUGUGGUACGUGACGGUCUAGUAUGUUUGACUCCAAAAGAGGUGACUGUAUUGGGCGGUUAUGUGCAAUCACUCACUGAAGAAUGGCAGAUGAAGAAAAAAUACGCUAGUUUGUCUCGUUCAUCUGGAAGGCAAUCUCAAGAAAGCAAAGCUGGUGAUGGCCCUCCUCCAUUUGAGGAGUUGCAGAUUCGUACAGGUUCCCAUCACCGUGAUUACUACAAGACGACUUCUAGGAACACUGUACCCACAGCUGCAGAAAGCGCCGUAAAACAUACCUCUGGAGAAAAAGGUGAAAGUAGUGACAUUUAUGGGAACAAAAAAGGUACUGAUAAGAAUUUACAGAGGAAUCCUGCAGAUCCUGAUUCAAAAACUGUCAAAGUUGAAAAUCAGGAAAAGCCAAGCACUUCCGACACAAGACCUAAACAAGUGGUGGAAGCUGUUCCGUUACAGAACCAAGCGGCUGCCCAGAUACUUCUUGAGAAGAUGAAACAUUCGAGUGCAAAUGAACGGCAAUACCAAGGAAGAAGAGGUAGAGGUAGAGGUAGAGGUAGAGGGAGUGGAAGGGAAGAAGACGACUCUGCAGUAUUUACACUUGAUGAGUGGGAAAAGAGGAAUACUGGUGGGGGAGUUCUUGCCACAGCUGACCAUCCGAGCGACACUACCCGUGAUGAAGAUCUUGCGUGGCAGCUUCAGAAUCAGUUUGAUCUUGAAGACUCUUAUGGACAUGAGGUGCAUGGAACUGGUGCAGUGGAUAUCAGAAUGAAUAUGUUUGAUUACGGAAGAGCAGACGAUAACUUUGGCCAUGGAAGGGGAAGAGGAGGAGGAAGGGGAAGAGGACGAGGGCGAGGGCAUAGGCGAGGAAGAGGACGUGUUUAGAUUAUAAUGAAAUUAUCCACACUUAUGGUGGCAACUCUGAUGAAUCUGUAGAUUGUGCUUUUUCGAGUGAUUCGGAUUUUCGUGAGAAGUUCCGAAUUUGAACAUAAAUGCCUACCGGAUGAUAACUGGUAAGAUGUAGCUUCGUCAACAACUCAUCUGAAGUGAGACACUUUUGGAAUGAAGUUUUUACAGUACAACACAAUUCCAUCUAAAACACCAUUUCAUGUAGCUUUGUGGUUUAGGACCCUUACACACUCUCGUUGGUGCCCAUAUGUUUCUUCAUUUCUGUAGUGAAUUGCAUUGGUUGAUGCAAGAGGAAAAACAAAAUGGACACCGAAGUAUAAAAUGUAUUA